AUGGUCGAUCGUUUCGUAGCUUCUUCCACAGUCGCAUUUUGGCGAGUCUACGAUUGUGAUGCGGUUAAGAUGGUCUUUGAUGCGGAGAUGAUAUUUUUGUUGAUCGGAUGCCUGGCAUUCCAAGUAAAUCCAGCUCCACAGGCAAAUCUUGUUCCACUAUCGUCGUCUGUGCCUCCAAAUUUCCCUCCUUCUCCGCAAUCAGGGGGAUCAGGACCUGCUCCUUCGUAUCCAACCAUACCUGUGAUUAAUGGAAGCCCUCCUGUGAUUCCUCCAGUGCCAUCAAAUGCUCCCGGUGUCUCUCCAUCUGCAUCAGUAUCUUACCCAUCAGCUCCUCAAGUUAGUGUUCCUGUGAGUUCUGCUCCUGUUCAACUACCUCCUGUCAGCUUGCCGCCCGUCAACUUACCUCCCGUGAACUCCGUUUCUGAUCAAAACUACGGACCAUCGCCUCCUCAAAAUGCAAGACCAAUUGCCUCGAGACCAGUAAUUCAAAGACCCGUUCAAACAGUUGCUCCAACUCAUCAUGGACAGCCUCAUCCACAACAUCAUCAACAGCAUCAGCAGCAACAUCAUCAACCACAACCUCAUGAAAUCAAGACUUACAAACGUAUUGAGGAGAAAGGACAAUUUUAUAGUUACUCUUACUUUGAAACUCCCGAUCAAAUCCGUGAGCAAAAUACGACAUUAGUACAGUGUAAAGAUCCAGCUGCAUCUCCUUGCAAUUAUGAAGUUGGAUAUUACCAAUAUCGUUCUCCUGAAGGUCAAGUGGUGCGUGUUGACUAUGUGAGUAGUGAAGAUGGUCACGUGGAUAAAAUAACUAUUAAUCCUGAAUAA